CCCGCUCAGCGUACCGGGAUGCAGAAAGGCCUGAAGAAGUACUUCGUCAACAUGGACGAGUACCUGUGCAGUCUGGGCCUCUACCGGAAGAUGGUGGCGCGAGACGCGUCCAGUCUGUUCAGAGCCGUUUCAGAACAGUUGUAUUACUCUCAGAACUACCAUCAGAGGAUCCGUCAGGACUGCGCUGACUACAUGAGAGCCAACAGAAGCAACUUUGAACCGUUUGUUGAAGGUUCAUUUGAGAAAUAUCUGGAGCGCCUCGAGGACCCCAAGACUACAUACUGCAGAUACAGACUAGUGCAAUGUGUGUUUUGGGUGUGCAGGCAUUGUUUCCUGAUCUUCCGUUACCCGGGGAAACCAGCGACGGUGAUCUCAGAGGAGGACUUUGUUGACAAGGUGACGCUGUGUUGCUCCAUCAAUGGUCACUACGACAUUGUUUACCCCAGGACUUACCCCGUCUCUGCUGCCCUCUGCCAGUCGCUCUUCUAUGAGCUGCUCUACACUCAGGUGUUCGGGUUUGAGGAGGCGGAGCUCUGUCAGGCCAUGGAGGCCUUCAGGGUCGGAGGUCGUCGCUAUAGAAACAGCCCGUCAGUGUGUAGUGAUGUGGACUUUGGCUACGACACACCAGAGGACCGAUGUCACAGGGAGGAGGCGGAGUCGGGUGGAGCUGCUGACGAUAAACAGCAGGUGAAGCCUCCUGUAGAAGCCCCGCCCCCUGCCAGACUGUCACUUCCUUAUAAGGUCAUGAAGUCUCUGGAUGGAGAAGCGUACCGAAACCUGGAGUUUGACGUGUGGCAGGACACCUGUAAAGAGAUGCAGAAGACGGACUACAUGGUGUUUGCAGGGAGGCAGUACUUCCUGGGAGACAAGUGUCAGGUGCGUCUGGAGCCCAAGGGGAAGUACUACAACGCCUUCAUCCAGGAAGUAGGAACCCACCCGUCUGCUGUCACGGUGUUCAUCGAGGAGCUGGGAGAGAAGUACUCAGACUCUCGUGGUCAGCGACAUCAUCACCGCCAUCGGUACUUCAGGAAGUCUCGUGGCAGCAGCGGAAUGAAGGGGGCGGAGCUUCUGAUGCCGCCGCAGUCCUAUGGAGGCCCGCCUCCCUCUGCCCUGCCCCCUCGCUUCCAGCCAGCAGGCCCCCCCCGCCCCCCCCCACCCCUGUCCCCAGGAGCCAUGACCUUUGACCCCUACGCCCCCCCACACCACCACCCAGCCAGACCUCCUCGCUACGGAGCCUCCAGAAGCUCCACCCGUUUCCUGAACCGUCACCUGAUUGGUCCUCAGUUGACCUAUUACCACCCUGGAAGGAGAUAUUACCACGACUACGAGAGCUAUGCCUUCAGGUCACGGCGCAGUCGUCGGCAGUUGGCGACGACUCUGAACAAAGACGGUCAGUACGGUUUCCCCACGGACGCCGAGGAGGAGCCGGCGGACCUGGACGCCACCAUCACCUUUUACCAGCUGGACGACGCGGACGGCGUCUUCCCCCCGCUGGCGGGCCCGGCUGGGGCUCCGCCUUCCUCCAUGGGAGCCCCGCCCCCUCCGCCUGGCUCCUCCUACAGGGUUCAAAGAGGCUCGGGGCCCCUCCCCCCUGCACCUCCACCUAGGAGCACCCCCGUGUGUUCAUCAGAGGACGACCAGGAGGACGCCAGCACCGUGGAGGACCAGGCUGAGUACACGGAGGACUACAUCUACAUCUCUCAGGAUCAGAACUACCAGACCUCAGGUGUUUACACCGCUGCUGAGCCCGCCUCCAGCCAGGACGACCAGGAAAGAGCUGAGUCUCCACCGAGACCAGAGAUGAACUACAGCUACGCACAACAGGUGGUGAAGCCUUUAGUCAUCUGCUCUUCACCCUCCUCUUCCUCCUCCUCGCCCUCUUCUCCGUCACGUGUACCUGCCACUGCACACCUGCCGGCAGCCACACAGACACGCUCAGUUGCCAUGGCGAUUACAGCCACUUCCCCCUGGUUGGUUAAUGAGUUGGGUGAGCCCCUCUGCACCAUGGUGGCUCCGCCCCCUUACUCCUAUGACCUCAACGGCAGCGAUCUACCUCGAGACUGCAGGGUCCUCCAGUAUUACUUCAACUUAGGAGUCCAGUGGUACCAUCAGAGCUGCUGGCAGCAGCAGCAGGCGUACCCCCCCGCCUCCUCGCCGGAGGCCUCCUACCAGCACUACACCCCCUACCUGAACCAGGAGCCCCUACAUGCUGGCCCUCCUUUGUACCCUGAGACAACGCGAGGCCUCUAUCAGCCCUCCUCCUACUACCCAGAAUCCACCAGGGCAGGAGACGGACAGACAGACGGCCACGGCGGCGGCCCCGCCCCCUUGGGGGAAGGCCCCUCCUCCUCGCAGAGCCCCUCCUCCUCUGCGCUCCUGUACCCAGAUCAAACGACCCUCCCCUCUCCAUCGCUGCUGCACCUGCCGUACGAAGCUCCGCCUCCUGCCACAUACUUGCCCUCGGCCCCCCCCCCUCACCCCGCUCAUCUGACCCACCACUCCUACCACGCCUGCCUCCCCCCCUCCACCCACUGGGGGUCGCUGCAGGCCGGGGGCCACGCCACGCGGGUCUACUGCCCCGCCCCCAACCCCACCCACGUGGUGGGUUACAUCACAACACCCCACCACACGGCCACCCACUACAUCUCCCCCCCGGUCUAACGCGCCUCUCAUUAGCU